AUGUCAGAAUCACCAACUUUAUUCAGUGUCGAUAAAUCUUUGGAAGGUACCCAUAUUGCUAUUAGUGGCCUUAUUGGUGCUGGUAAAACUACAUUAUGUACUGCAUUAGGAAAAGUUUUAAAUCUACCAACCUAUUAUGAACCAGUCAUUGAUAAUUCAUAUUUAGCCGAUUUUUAUAAAGAUCCAAAAAGCUUUAGUUUCCAACUUCAAAUUUAUUUAUUAAAUCAAAGAUUCCAACAACAACAACAAAUUAUUUGGCAAGGUAGAGGAGGUGUUCAAGAUAGAACCAUUUAUGAAGAUUCAGUUUUUGCUAAAAUGUUAAUGGAAAGUGGUUUAAUGGAUAAAAGAGAUUAUAAUACUUAUUGCAAGUUAUUCUCAAAUCUUAGCAAUUUUAUGAGAAAACCAAAUCUUAUUAUUCAUUUAGAUGUUUCACCAGAACAAAGUUUAGAAAGAAUUAAACGUAGGGAUAGAGAAUGUGAAAAAAAUAUUACUUUAGAAUAUCUCCAAAAUUUAAAUCAAGCCUAUCAAAAUUUCCUUCAUGAUAUUUCCAAAUAUAUUGCUGUUAUCAGAGUCAAUUGGAGUGAAUUCCAAGACCCAGAAGAGUUGGCCCAAACUAUCAAAGAAGAAUAUGAUAGUAUGAGAUUUAUCCAUGAAGUUAGUGUAAACUCUGUCAAACAAUCAAAUUAAGUUUUUUACAAAGUAAUAUUAAAUAUAAAAAUCCUGGGUAUGAAAUGGGGGCAAAAAAAAAAAUAAAAAAAUAAAAAAAUAAAAAAUAAAAACCAAUUACAUUAAUUAUUUAUUAAAUUAAAUAAUUAUAUAUUUUAAUGUCCAAUAUAAAAGGAAUAAAAUAAAAA